UUGCUGCAGCUUUCAAGAGUUACUGGCCUCCAGGGCUGACUCUGCACAACAUGUUCCCAAAGGUACCGCUGCUCCUUCUGGGGUUCAUUGCUCUAGGGCUUCGAGUCUGCAGUUUUGAAUAUGAGGAUAUCAGUAAGUUGUGGCCUGACUUCACCAUGUGCGUGGAGUACGCAGUGUUUCGGUACAACCAGGCACAGUCAGAUAUAUUCGCCUACAAGCUGCUGUGGGUGCACCGCAGCCAGCGCAAGCAAUUUACUUGGACAUAUUUAAUGGACUUGGAGAUGGGCCGCACAAUUUGUAAAAAACAUGACGAAGACAUCGACAACUGCCGUCUGCAAGGAGGCCCAGAAAAAAAAGUGGUGCGCUGCACUUUUGUGGUGAAUGUUAUCCCUAUGACGAGUGAGUUCACCCUCUUGAACAGUACCUGCCUGUAGAUAUAGGUCAUCUCUAUCAGGAACAACACAAUAGACCCCUUUGUGGGCCCCCAUAGGACCUUGCCCUCAACUUGGAUCAACAAUGGUAGAGAAUGUUCCAUCCUCCAAAGGGAGACUGGAAAACAUACUCUAUGCUACACCUGAGGAAGGUGGGUCGAUAUUAGGGCAGCUUGGAACAUUCCUACUCAUGACCACAGAAUGUGAGCUCAGAUCUACAGGGAUGUAGAGGUCACAUAGGCUCCUAAGCUAAUUAUGGGCCCCAGAUCACAUCAAAUUGAUGGAGUUUACAGUCAACAAUAUUUAUACCCCUUUCCCAUAUUAGGGAGCUACUCUCUUCCCUGAUCCAGCUUUCUGGUCCUUUUUCCACCCAUGACAUCAUCUCCCCAGACAAUAAUUAGGAUUCACCUGCAUAUCAGAUUUCAGGCUCAGGCAAAAAAAAAAAAAAAAAAAAAAAAUCAGAAAAAUACCACUAUUAUAGCUACAGACCCUUUGAAAUGUAACUGAAAUAUGCCUACUAGCUAUCUACAAAAUGGAGGACCCCCAACACUUCAUCUACACUAUUCCAACCUUUAGGUCCAUGAUUGUUCAACAAUUUGUUUGGCUUUGUAUGUUAACUCUCUUUUCAGCCACCAGGUUCCAGAUACUAUCAUGAUGCCAACCAGACUUCCCUGGACAGAGGACACCACCGAUGUGUCCUGGAGCUCCACUUCCCCAGAGUCCCACCCUACUAGGGAAAGAGAGAGGAAGGCUGGGAGUAUGGAUUGACCAGUCAACGCCCAUGUUCAUCGGGGAAACAAUUACAGAAACCAGACCUUCAACCUUCUGCAUCCCACAAUGAUCUUAGGUCCAUACUCCCAGAGGGAUAAAGAAUAUGAAAGCUCUCAGGGAAGGGGAUGGGAUACGGAGAUCUGUUGGUGGGAAUUGUGUGGAGUUGUACCCUCUUAUACUAUGGUUUUGUUAAUGUCUCCUUUUUUAAAUAAAUUUAAAAAAAGAAAAAAAGAAAACCUUGGUGGACAUAGUUAAAACCAAGCAUUAAUUUCCCUAAAAUAACACUGAAGGAUGUAAAGAAGAACUAACAAAACACUACAGAAAAUGAAUAGGGCACCUUCCAGAUACCAAGUUGCAGACAUUACCAUGAUACCAUCCUGACUUCUCUGGGCAGAUGAUCUCACCAAUGUGUCCUGGAACCUCACCUCUCCAGAGCUCUACCCUACUAAGGAAAGACAUAAAAAGGCUGGGGGUAUAGGUUGACCUGCCAACACCCAUGUGCAGCAGAGAAACAAUUACAGAAGCCAAAACUUCUACCUUCUGCACCCCCAAAACAAUUUUGAUCCAUAAACCCCAGUGGGGGAGAAGUGAUAGGAGGAAGAGGAUAAGAGGGCUCUGAACUCCAGCUCCAUCAGGACUCAGAGAGAAAGAAGGAAAAAGGGAGGGACAUUUGGAUGUAGUAAUAGGGCUGUUGUAGCUUGGAAGGAAAGAGAGGUUGGGAAGAAAUGGGGCAAUUAUGUGCAAAUGUAGACAGACAGUUGUAGAGAUGAUAGUUAACCCUUGGGAGAACUGCUGUGGCUUGCAAUGGAAGGAUUGGGGAUUUACAACUUUGGUGGUGGGAAUGGUGUGGAAUUACCUCCCUGCUGACAUGUAAUUUUGUAAACCAAUAUUAAAUUGCUAAUAAAAUAAAAAAAAAAAACAGGUAGGACAUCCAUAAAGAAAAAUAUCAAACAUACAUGAGAAGAUAAUUAAUUUUGCUCUAUUAAAAAGAAUUGUUUUGUCCAGUUAAAGAAUAGCUGAGUGGGGCCCACCUGCAGGCAGGAGAGCUUUGUAAGUGGUGAAGCAGUGUCGCAUGUGUCUCUAUAUCUCUCUCCCUCUCUAUCACCCCCUUUCCUCACCCCCUUUCCUGGCUGUCUCUGUCCAAUAAAUAAAGAUUUAAAAAAAAAAAAAAAAAGAAUAGCUGAGCUGCAGGCAGAAAAAUAGAGAAGCAUAGGUUGUCAAAUUCUGGUCAAAGACUCUUAAGCAUCUACUGUACUUCACUUGAGUGCUAGUUAGAAUUCCAGGCUUUCAGGCCCUGCACAUUCCUGCUAAGUCAGGACCUACAUUUUUCUGAGCUUCCUGGGUGGCUCAAAUGCACUAUGAUAUUCAGGAAGCAUGGAGACAGACCAUUGCUUCUCAAACAUAGCUGCACUUUGUAACCCUGUGGAAUUUUUUUAAAUGUUGACUUUACAGAAAUUUGGUGGUGGAUGCAGAAUGAAACCAUACUGCCAUAAUCUUAUAAUAUUUUAAUUUUUAUUUUAUUUAGCUUUUUUUUAUAGCCACUGACGUUAUUACUUAGACUUGAGGCCCAACACUAUGAAUCCACUGCUCCUGGCUGCCAUUUUUUCCCUUUUAUUUAUUUUUUUCUCUUUAUAUUUUAUUUGAUAGGGUAGAGGGAAAAUGAGAGGAGAGAAGGAAGUGGAUUGGAAGAAAGACAGACAGCUACAGACCUGCUACACUACUCUUAAAGAGUUCCCCCUGUUGGUAGGGAAGUGGGAGCUAGAACCUCGCUCCUUGCACAUGCACUCAACCAGGUACAGCACCACCCAGGCCCAGUCUUGUAAUCUUGCAGCCAUUCCUUUUUAAGUCACUAAUAAAAAAUUAAAAAUAAAAACAUAAAUAAAUAAAAGUCUGACUUCCUGGACCCUCCUCACAGAUUGACUUACUAUUAUUAAUGUAUUUAUCAUUGGAUAAAGACAAGAGAAAUCAAGAGGGAAGGGAAGAUAGAAAAG